CAUCAUUCGAUUUUCUGAUUUUGCAACGAAGACGUCGCUGGCUUCGCUUGCUCCCACUCCCAGUCUCGAGUUUCGUGUGUGUUCGCCAAACCGGUAAAAAUAAUUUUUCGUGUGCUCUCGUCGUGCAUUUUCCACUUGUGCUGGGAAAAACUGUGUGUGAGAAUUCGCGCUACGUUUCUGGGAUCGUCGUUCGCUUGAGCCAGCAUGCGCCUAUUACUGCCUCUGUUGGCGGCGGUGCUCGCUGCGGCCGGCGUCUUUGCGGAUGUCUCGCAUCUGGACACCGAUCUGCAGGAGGAUGGAUAUCAUUAUAAGCAGCCCUCGCAGCCGUUUCCACCGCCGCCCACGGGCAAUGGCAUCGAGGAUAGCGGCCUGAUACCUGGACCGGCUCCUUCGGCGCCGGCGCCUUCGUACGGACCGCCACAGACGCAGCCGCCGCCGCGACCACAGCCGCAGCCGCAGCCUCCGUCGCCGUCUUACGGGCCACCUCAGACGCAGCCGCCGCGACCUCAGCCGCAGCCGCAGUCUCCGUCGCCGUCUUACGGGCCACCACAGACGCAGCCGCCGCGACCUCAGCCACAGCCGCAGUCUCCGUCGCCGUCUUACGGGCCACCUCAGACGCAGCCACAGCCGAUACCCACCGCACCCGGCCCGUCUUAUGGACCGCCGCAAACGCAGCCACCGCGUCCGCAGCCCACGGCUCCUGCUCCCUCAUACGGUCCGCCACAAACUCAACCGCCACGUCCACAGCCGCAGCCACAGCCACAGCCCACGGCUCCAGGUCCGUCCUAUGGACCGCCGCAAACGCAACCACCGCGUCCGCAGCCACAGCCAUCGGCUCCGGCUCCGUCUUAUGGACCACCACAGACUCUGCCGCCGCCAGCCGGUCCGGAAUACUUGCCGCCCGAUCAGCCGCAGCAGCCCAAGCCACGCCCCGUGCCUCAACGUCCUACCCCGCCAGCACCACAGCCUUCGUAUGGUCCACCACCAACGCAGCCACAGCCACAGCCACCACGUCCGCAGCCACCACGUCCGCAGCCACCUAGUCCUCCGGCACCGCGUCCACAGCAACCGCCCGCUGAGUACCUGCCGCCCUCUGGUCCUCCCGCACCACAGCCCUCGGCUCCGGCUCCGUCUUAUGGACCACCACCGUCUGGACCACCACCAGCACCGCCCACCUAUCAGCCACGCCCGCCAGCACCACCUGCACCACCAGCACCCACUCCCGGCUAUGUGCCACCACCUGCACAGCCUACCUACCAGCCACGCCCACAACCACCAGCUGGCCCGCCAGCACCGCCCACAUACCAGCCACGGCCACCGCAACCACCAGCUCCUCCGGCACCUACUCCAGGCUAUGGUCCUCCUCCUUCUAGUCCACCCGCACCGCCCACCUACCAGCCGCGCCCACCGCAACCGCCAGCUCCUCCGGCACCGACUCCAGGCUAUGGUCCUCCUCCUUCUAGACCACCCGCACCGCCCACCUACCAGCCGCGCCCGCCCGCACCACCGGGCCCACCCACCUCAAACUAUCCAGAGCCACAACCGACGGAUGCCGGCUCCUUGGGUCCCGAUGGCUACAACUACAACAAGCCCUCCAAUCCGUUUACCUACUAAACACAAAGUAUUCUUAGCCUAAAAACAUUCCAAAAACAAUUCUGGAACAGUUGCUGCCAAUCUCUCCCCCCCCUCCACCCCACAUACCCGCCGGAGUUUUAGAGUACAUUUUAAAGAAACCUUUGUAAUGAAACGUUUCCAAAUAAAGUAAAAGCAACACCAAAAACCAAUUAAAA